AUGACUCUCUACUACUCCAUCUGCUUCGUGCUGCUCAUGUCUGAGCUGUCACUCUUCGCGACUAUCGUCUGUCCUAUGCCAUUCACACUGAGGAAGAGGCUCUUCCACUUCCUCAGCGAGAACCCUAUCAUCGCAAAGAUCCAAUAUGGUCUGAAAAUAACGUUCAUCUUCGUCGCGGUGCUGUUUGUGGAUGCUCUCCAGAGGAUGAUCCGGAUCGCUCAGGAGGGAGCUGCGGCCAAGGCCAAGCCUGAGAUGACUGAUGUGCGGACUGAGACCAACUACGCUGCUCGUCGUUUCUACGCUCAGCGCAACUUGUACCUCACCGGCGCGACCCUCUUCCUCUCCCUCAUCCUCGCCCGCGUCUUCUACAUCAUCCUCGACUUCAUCCACGUCCAGGAGGCCUUCACCGCGCUGCAGCAAAAGACCGCCAAGCAGUCUGGCGUCAACGGCGAGGCCGACGAGAUGCGCAAGCGGAUCACGGAGCUCCAGCGCGAGUUGGACGCGAGCAACAAGGGCGGACGGGACUUUGAGACCCUCAAGAAGCAGGCCGACCAGCAGAACAAGGAGUACAACCGUCUUGCGGAUGAGCACAACAAGGCUACCGGAAACGUGUCGAACAAGCGGACCGACUAG